GAUGUAGACGGAAUACACUUGUUGCUCUUCCAAUCGCAGGAAGCGAAACACGCUCGGAACUUGAGUGGACUGUCGGACCAGGAGGCAUGGAGGGCAACGUCAGUCGGGAUCCAGAGACUAACUCUAGACAACUCAGCUGUCUCCUAUAACCGCACACACAUCGACCCUUGUGGUGGAGUUUCAAGGCACCUAAUCCCACCCGGGCUACUGCAGUUUGCAUCCGGUGGAAAACGGUAAACGUUUACGUUGUGGGGUUUUUUUUUUUUUGGAGGGGGUCCACAAUAUUUACCGGCGACGUCAGCGUCCCGAGGGUGGCGACUAUUUGCUGGAAGAGAUCCGUCUGUUGACGAUGAACCCCAGCACCAUCACCAAAGUUUCGAGAGGACAGCGAGGAGGAUAGUCCUCCCGAGGAAGCGUGAAACAUGCCCCUGCCAUUUGGCCUGAAGCUCAAAAGGACCAGAAGGUAUACGGUUUCAAGCAAGAGCUGUCUUGUCACUCGGAUCCAGCAGCUCAAUGGGGAGUUUGUUGAGUUUACACUUUCGGUGGAGAGCACCGGGCAGGAAUGUUUGGAGGCUGUUGCCCAGAGACUCGAGUUGAGAGAGAUAACAUAUUUCAGCCUGUGGUACUUCAACAAGCAAAACCAGCAGAGAUGGAUCGACCUGGAGAAGCCACUGAAAAAGCAGCUGGACAAGUAUGGGCUGGAGCCCACCGUUUACUUUGGAGUCGUGUUUUACAUACCCAGUAUCAACCAACUGCAACAGGAGAUCACAAGAUAUCAGUAUUACCUGCAGAUGAAGAAGGAUGUUCUGGAGGGCCGGAUAGCAUGCUCACUAGAACAAGCCAUACGGUUAGCUAGCCUGGCUGUGCAAGCUGACUUUGGCGACUUCAAUCGAUAUGACUCCCAGGAGUUCCUCCAGAAGUUUGUGCUAUUCCCCAUUGACUGGAUUCAGGAUGAGCGAGUGCUGGAAGAGGCCACUCAGAAAGUGGCUCUGCUUUAUCAGUCCUACAGGGGUCUGUCAGCACCCGAGGCUGAGAUGUUGUACAUGCAGGAGGUGGAAAAAAUGGAGGGCUAUGGCCAGGAAAGCUAUCAAGCCAAGGACAGUACAGGCACAGAUGUUACCAUUGGAUCUUGCCUUGACGGCAUCUUUGUCAAGCACAAGAACGGAAGGCCACUGCUUUUAUUUAGGUGGAAUGAAAUUAACAACAUGAGUCACAACAGGUCCUUCUUCGCCCUGGAGCUCGCCAACAGAGAGGAGAGUGUUCAGUUCCAGACCGAAGACAUGGAAACCUCCAAAUAUGUGUGCCGGAUGUGUCUGGCCAGACUCAAGUUUUAUAAGAUUAACAAGAGUAGCCUAGAGGAGUGUGACCCCCUGCCUUCUGAGGGCUCCCAGAAGUCCCUUCUCACUCUUUCCUUUCCUCGCUUUCCAAUGCUCUCUCGUCACUCUCUGCCUUCUAACAAGGGCCAAACCCAGCCAACAGUUGUGAACCCAGUCAGACGGAGAUCCUCGACUAGAAUAUCUCUGCCAAAGCCUCAGGGCUACAUGAUGCCGCCUCCGCAAAUGCACUACAAUGGCCAUUUCACCGAGCCUUACACAUCCUCACAAGACAACCUGUACAUGAACACUCAGAAUGGUUAUUACUACCACUCUCAGACCAGCUUGGACUGCUCUCCUCUGGAAUACAGCAGUGGAGGGCGUUUACGUAACGGCAGCGUCUACAGUGCCCACAGCACCAGCUCUCUGACCAAUCCUCAACACUACCUUCAGCCCUCACCCAUGUCCUCCAAUCCCUCGAUCACCAGCGACAUCACCAGGCCGGACUACGUCCCCUCGCAUCGCCACAGCGCUCUCAUCCCACCUUCCUACCGCGCCACCCCUGAUUAUGAGACAGUGAUGCGUCAAAAGAGCCGAGGACCGGGAGGAGGGAUGGUGUUGUCUCAAGAGCACCGGCAGAGCCACUCGAUGAGGAACCUAAACAUUGGAAACUCGUACGCCUACAGCAGACCAGACCCUCUCGUUUACAGCCAGCCAGAGAUAAGGGGGGAGCACGGCGGAGCAGCCCAACACCACCAUUAUCCUUUCCACCUGGGCUCCAGCUUUCACAGUCCCUCUCCAUAUCCCUACCCUACAGAGAGAAGGCCCGUAGUGGGGGCAGUUAGUGUCCCCGAGCUCACCAAUGUCCAGUUACAACAAGCCCAGGAGUAUCCGGCCCCCAACAUCAUGAGAACCCAAGUGUACAGACCACCUCCCCCCUACCCCUACGCCCAUCCUCGGCCUGCAAACAGCACGCCCGACCUGUCACGACACCUGUACGUAAGCAGUAGCAACCCAGACCUGAUCAUCACGAGGCGUGUGCACCACUCGGUCCAGACUUUCCAAGAGGACAGUCUGCCUGUUGCCCACUCUUUGCAGGAGGUGUCAGAGCCUCUUUUCAGUGGACCCCCGCACCGACAGCCAUACCAAGCUCAGAAGCGUAAUUCCAUCGAGAUCGCUGGAUUGGCUCACAGUCUCGAGGGGAUGAGGGUCAAAGAGCGGACUGUGUGUUCUUCGGCGGUUGAAGCUGCUAUGCCUCCUCAGGUGUUGCAUGGCGGUCGCUCCCAGGGCUCGCAGCUCAACGUGUUCUUAGAGCGUACGAAGACAGAGGACAGGGGCGACAUCAAGGAGGGCGUACAGUACGGACACAAGAAGUCACUUUCGGAUGCCACCAUGCUUGUUCACAGCAGUGGUGAAGAAGAGGAGUUUGAGGAUGACGGCGGACGUCACACUCCACUUUCUCAGGACGCGAUGGCGGCCACUGUUCCCGGGCAGACGCCCCAGCAGCAUCACAGCUUGACGUCUCUCUCCUCCCUGCCGCCUCAGCAGCAGACUCCCACAGAGCCUCCUCCUGCGUAUCCGAUAGGCUCCUCCCUCGACCCCUCGAUAACUGGCUCCUUGACGUACAAAAUUCACCCCCUGAUCCAGGAGGGCGAGCCCCUGUACCUGCUGUCGGAUUUGCACCAGCCCAGGAUUAUGCCGUCGGUCUCGGAGGGAGACCUGAGUGCUCAGGCCAAGCAGAAGAGUAAAACAGACUUUAAGAAGAGGCCUGUGUCCGACGUGCCUCCUGGGAAGAAAACAGUGGAAGGUUUGCCUCCUCCGGGCAUGAAGAAAGGAGUGAGGUCAGAGGUGAAGAAGAUGGGCCCGCUGAAGGUGGCGAAGCUCAACGGCCUGUCGGUUUCCAGGCAGCCGAUGUACGACGAGAUCAAGGAUGAACCUGAGCGAGCCUCCAACGACGAGAGGUGUAAACUGCUGGAGCAGCACAUGGACAGGGGAGAGCUGUUGAAAGAGUACGAGAAAAUCCCAAAGCGGCCGGGAGGGGAAUACAGCGUCGCCCAGCUGCCCGAAAGUGGAGACAAGAACCGCUUCCAGGACGUCCUGCCUUACGACAGCAACCGAGUGGAGCUGGUUCCCACUAAAGAGAACAACACAGGAUACAUCAAUGCGUCACAUGUUCGAAUAACUGUAGGCGGAGAGGAGUGGAGCUACAUCGCGACGCAGGGUCCCAUGUCGAACACGUGUCAGGACUUCUGGCAGAUGGUGUGGGAGCAGGGCGUCUCCAUCAUCGCAAUGGUCACCGCUGAAGAGGAGAGUGGCCGAGAGAAGAGCUUCCGCUACUGGCCGCGGCUCGGUUCGCGACACAACACGGUGACGUACGGCCGCUUCAAGAUCACCACCCGGUUCCGCACCGAGUCCGGCUGCUAUGCAACCACGGGGCUGAAGAUCAAACACCUGCUGACAGGACAAGAGAGGACCGUCUGGCACCUGCAGUACACAGAAUGGCCUGAUCACGGCUGUCCCGAGGACUUCAAGGGCUUCCUCACUUACCUGGAGGAGAUCCAGUCUGUGCGAAGACACACAAACAGCAUCAGUGACCCAAAGAACACAAACCUACCUGUGCUGGUCCACUGCAGCGCCGGAGUGGGACGCACCGGAGUCGUCAUCCUCUCUGAGAUCAUGAUCGCCUGUCUAGAGCAUAAUGAGCCCCUGAACGUCCCAGACGUCCUGUGGAAGCUGCGGACCCAGAGGAUGAUGAUGGUCCAGACGUUGUCUCAGUACAACUUCAUCUACAAGGUCCUCAUCCAAUACCUCGGCAACUCCAGGCUGAUCUGAGUGUAGGCGGCGAUUUCAGGGUGGACUUUGUUCCAGGUUUAUGCCAAACUGCACAGUGACGAUGAAGCUGUAGAAAUCUUGAUCUAAUGUAGCGGUCAGAGUCGGUCAGACCCUGUUUUGGCCAAGUAUUAAAUUGGGCAGGGCUGAAGGAAUGAUGUGAUUAUACAAAAAAAAAAAAGAAAGACGCAAUGCCACAUGAAGAAGGAGCAUGAAGACUUAAAAGUUGCCUCUAAAACAGUAUUAUUAUUAUUUUUCAGUCAUUAUUGCUUAAUAAAGCCCAGCACUUUUGCAGUUCGUUGCUGUACAUAUUGAAUCAAUAUUAAGCUGCAAAAAUACAAAAACAAUCUUUAUCAUAGAUGUGUAUUGAAAGCAGUUGAUAUAUCUUUGUUUUGACCUGGCGUUGCUAUUGAUUCUGAUGAGGUGAAACGUUUCAUAUGAAGGUUUGAUUACGGAGCCAAACAGUUCAAAGAUGCAGUUACAUCGAGGCGACUGCACCUGAAAUAGUCGAGUGCAUUUAUUUUUUCUUAGUUCCUCAGUUACAAACCGCCUGCUGAAAUGAAGAAAGGCUGGAUGGGAAGUAGAGAUGUGAGGAAUGAGGGAACAGAAAGUCGCAGCAUUUUAGGGGGGGGUUGAGAGUAAAACUGGAAAAUGUAUUUUAUACCUUUUUUCAUAACUUUUGUAUGAUGGAAUGUCAAAAAAAAGAUUUCAACUGAGUGCUGUAUUUGAGCGAUUAAGUGCCUAAUUGCAUUGUAAAGUUGAAAAUGCUGUAUAUUUUUUUGAAUAGUAUGAAGGACAUUUUAAGUGUCAGUAAAUGCUUGUUUUGCAUUUAUUGUGGUUAUGAUGGUGAUGCCGUUUGCAAAUGACCAUAUUCAUGAAUUCAGUUUUAGAUCCCCAGAGUCCUGGCAGGCGAGCCCCUUUAUUUUGAAGUGCACAAAAACCAAGACUGUACAAGAAAACAAUUAACUCAACGGUCGCAUGUUGAGUUUUCCAUCACCUCUUGUGGCUGCGACGCUCAGUCUUGUGGCUACCACACUUGUUCUCACUCUGCUGCGAAAUUCUGCCUCUUCUGUUACAAACAGCCUCCAGACUAUUAACACUUACCGGAGCAGGACACGAGCGCUCAUUUACUUCCUGCUGCCGCUGUAAGUCUCAUUUAAAGAUCAGAACGAGGUGCAUCUGCACAGGAACGAACGACACUUAAAAAGCACUGCAGAUUUCACACCGAGUGAAAUCUUUUAAUUAUAUCAAUUUGAUAUAAAAUUACAGAUUCACAGUUUAAGACGGCAACUGAAUUCAUGACGUGGCCAAAGUGAAGUGAUCUGCCCUGAUUUUUCUGGCCCUGAUAUUUUUGUUGACAAAGAUGCACAGGCAGGGAUCCUAUUUUCCAAAUGCAUCUUAACUGGUUAAGAUAUAUGAUUAAGAUAUAUUUUAACAUCAUCUUUUUAACACUCGCCCUUUUUUAUUUUGCCUGUGAUUUCUUGUUUGUGAUUUUCAGAUACUGAUAAAGUCUCAGUUUGGAGACUGAAAAUAAUGAUUUUUUUUGUGGCCCAGGUGCAACUGUACAGGUCUGUUCAUAAUGUACACAAUGUAAAAUUCUGCUUUAAUGAUUAUUGGUUAUUGUACAAACGAUGUAUAGACUAUCUAUUGAAAAAGAAUUGUAUGAAUUGGAUAAAAACGUGUAGAAGCCAAGAAUAAAUAUUUGGAAACAA